GGUUUUAUGGAUAUGAACAUGUACUUUCUAUUAUUCUAAGUGUGAUUGAACUGUGGACAAAGAGUUGAACUGGGAAAGCAGGGGACGGCCAACCUUUCCUGAACGUCAUCCUCCAUUUUUUAAGCUGAUCUCAUGUUGGACUGACACUAGAAUGUGAAGUGCACUUUUUAGGGAGGACCUGACAGAGAAUUCAGUCAUGGAGAUCGUGAAGGUGUGGAGCGAAGAUGGGGCCGGUAAAGUUUUAGAGAUUCCAGCGGACAUGAUGGCCCGGGAUGUCUGUCAGCUCCUGGUCUACAAGAGCCACUGUGUGGACGACAAUGCAUGGACGCUAGUGGAGCACCAUCCCAUCCUUGGACUCGAGAGGUGUUUGGAGGACCAUGAACUGGUGGUUCAUGUUCAGUCCUCCAUGAGCAGCGACAGUAAAUUCCUCUUCAGGAAGAAUUAUGCCAAAUAUGAAUUCUUCAGGAACCCCCUGAACUUCUUUCCUGAGCAGAUGGUGGCUUGGUGUCAGGAAUCUGAUGGCUCAAUCCCUCAGUCACAGCUUCUUCAGAAUUUUCUAAACUCUAGCAGCUGUCCGGAAAUCCAAGGCUAUUUAUAUGUGAAGGAGCCGGGCCGUAAGUCCUGGAAGAAGCUCUACAUGUUCCUGCGGCGCUCUGGGCUUUAUUACUCCACAAAAGGAACAUCCAAGGAACCAAGGCAUUUGCAGCUACUGUCUGAUUUAGAUGAAAGUAACAUCUUCUCCACCAUCACGGGACGAAAACUCCACAAUGCUCCCACAGAGUACCAGUUCUGCAUCAAGCCCAGUAAAGUGAGAAGUGACUGUAAAGAACUGAAGAUGCUGUGUGCUGAGGACGAGCAGAGCCGGACCUGCUGGAUGACUGCCUUCAGACUACUCAAGUAUGGCAUCGUCCUCUAUCAGAACUACAGCCUGCCACAGCAAAGGAAGCAUGCCCCCUCCCAUUUCUCAGCACCCGUGCGCAGUGUGUCAGAGAACUCCCUGGUCGCCAUGGACUUUUCCGGACGCACAGGCCGCGUCAUCGAGAAUCCCGUGGAGGCUCAGAGCGCCGCCCUGGAGGAAGGACAGACCUGGAGAAAAAGAGGUCAGCGUAUGAAUGUUUUGGGCAGUUCCAGCCCACUGCACCCAUCUUCUUUGAGCACAGUCAUUCACAGAACACAGGUGUGGUUUCAUGGUCGCAUAAUGAGAGAAGAUGCCCAUAAAAUGAUCAUGCAGCAAGGCCAAGUAGAUGGACUUUUCCUGUUGCGGGACAGCCAGAGCAAUCCCAAGGCUUUUGUGCUCACCUUGUGCCACCACCAGAAAAUAAAGCACUUCCAAAUCCUACCGUGUGAAGAGGACGGUCAGGUUUUCUUCAGCCUGGAUGAUGGUGCCACCAAGUUCACAGACCUGAUCCACCUGGUGGAGUUCUACCAGCUCAACAGAGGAGUGCUCCCCUGCAAGCUCAAACACCCGUGCACCGCUGUGGCCUUGUGACACCCCCUCCACUCAUAUACAUCUGUUUUGCACACCUCUCCUCCCUCAGCUCCUCCCCCGUUACGCCUCUUUCUCACCGAUGCAACAUGGCCAACAACACAGAAGAAAGUAUAGUCAUGUGACACUGUGGCAACCGCCACCUUAAAGGCUUUUGGAUGUGCGUAUCAGGAGGAUUACAGAUUGUGGACUUCUGAAAUUUGCUCCCCAGCUUCUGUGUUGUCCUGACCAAGACUUGAGCAUGCAUUGUGAAAAAAAAAAAUUAGAGCAAAGAUAUUAUAUCAUAAGCUCUGUGAUGAAGCUCCACCCACCUUUGUCACCCCUCCUCCAUCCGCCAGGCCUGAUAAGCUGUGGCGCUGUUCUGACCCCUGACCUCUGGAAGCGAUUGGUCAGUGGGCAGCCAGCGCCAGCCCCUUCUUGACUUCCUCAUUGAUCAUCAGGGAUGGAACGAGAACCUCUCUGGGUCUAAACAUCAAAACUGGGAUCCAGGAGUUUUCUUAACCUGUGCAGUCCAGUCUGGAUAAGCUGAAUAACUCCCCUUUGUUCCCUUUGAAAUCAACUCCAAAACAAGACUAGACUUGGCAUAAGUGAUUGUGAUCCUUGCUGUGUCCAGGUCCACACAGCUCCCCCUAGCCCUCAAUCUAAAUAGAGAAAUGUCGAGAGCAAAGUGAAAGUAGCUAAAAAUAGCAGAGGAGCAAUGGCGAAGGUGUUGGCGAAAGAACAGAGGAUUCAUGAUCCCAAGUUAGAGUGAUUACUUGAUGUCAAUUGAAUGCUGUUUUUUUUUUAAUUACUGUUGAUUCAAUGCAGAACUAGUUUUGCACUCCCAAGGCGGACACACAACAGCUGUUCUCUCAAAAUGCCUGCUCUUCAGUUUAUCAUCCUCUUCCUCCUCGCUCCUCCAUCCACCCACCACCCUCCCCCCAUCCCUUCUGGAAAGCAUGCAUGUGAAUUUCCACCAGCUCUGAUUGGAUUACAGUGGCGUGGGAGCAGAGAAGACAGAGAGAGAGAGAGACACAGAGAGAAAGCGGGGCUAAUGGUGCAGUGCCUUUCAGACAAGAAGGUUUGGAAAUCAGUUGCUACAAGGAAGAGGAGGAAGACUGCAGACUUGUGAAAAAGUAUUCCCCCAAAAUCUUGUACCACUUUAGUCAUUCGUAACAUCGACUUGGGCUAUCACAGUGAAUUGUCUUGAAUGUUAUUUUAUUUUUAGUCUGUUCUGAGCUUGCACAUCUAAUGAGUGAAGAUAAUUGACCACUGUUCCCUCCAACUAGAAGAAAGACAAAUCAACAGAAGCCUAUGGUGUUUUGGGGGAUCCAGGAUGAACUCAAAAUGUCCGCCUUUAUCAUGUGAAAAUCUUUAGUAAAAAUUUAAGCUAUAUUAAAAUAUACAUAUAAUGAUCUAUAUUUCUCUCUCCUUCAGUGAGGAGGAAAUCAAUUAUGGCCAAGAAAGUGAAGCUGUUAUGUUGCAAUAUUUGAGAACUUGAGGCGAUUGAAAGCUAUUGUUCAAAGUUUUGAUAAUCAGUUAAUUAUGUUUGAUAAGUAUGAAAACAUGCCAAAAACAUAAGUUGUUUCCUUAUUUUAUAUUUUAGUAUAGCUUUAGUGUACAUUGUGUAGGAUUUAGUAAUGUCAGAAUUGAUGAUUUAGACUGCAUAUCUAUUUACAGGUUACCCCUUACCUCAACCUUGUCUUCCGGCCAUCUAAAAAAUAAAUCUUAGUUUUCUGGUGCAACAUAGGAUAUUGGGCCUUGACGAGACCCCAUAAUACUUAAUGCAUAGUAUAGGAUUUUAUGUACAGGUGUAGUUGCUUUGCCGUUCUAAAUCCUACACAAUGAGCAAUGACAAUGAUAAUGGACCAUUAUCAUAACCAAACUGGAGUGAUAUAAAACCUUGGAUGUACACAAUGUAACAGCAGCAAAAAGUUUAUUUUUUACAAUAUUCGUGUUUAUCUUAAAGCCAUUAUGUGUAGCACUUUGAAAGUUUUAAACUAAGGGGGGCCCCAGUGGAGACCUGAGAAGGCACUUACUGUAAGUAGUGCCGCUGAAAAUGAGCCAAAACCAAGACAUAGACCAUGUCUUUUUUUAUCAAGGAAAUUUUUAAAGACAAAUUUAUGAUAUUUUCACAAAACAUGACUACAAAUUCACUUGGCUUGGUAUUACAGUACUACUGCAAAAGUUGGAAUUUUACAAAAGAAACAAUUUGUAGUUCAAAUAUGUGCAAUGCCUCAUUAUCCAAGUAAAUUCCAUAGCAACAAAGGGUUUCAAAAGGUAGUCCUCUGGUUCUGAGUUAAAGAUGUUUCAUCUCAUUAAAGAGGCUUUUGUCACAAGAGAUCAAACAUCAGCUCAAGAUCUCUACAUGAACUUUCUGAAGCCUUUUUGUAGUUUAAAUUUAUUUGUAUUUUAAUAGUUAUAAUCUGUCACCUGUGCUCAAAAUGUUGACCACGUUGUCAUUUUACAAAAAACAUCAUCUUUACUAUUAAAUUAAAUGAUGGAUUAGAUAUAUUUUUAAGAAAAAAGUUCAAUUGUCGAUCCUAUUCUAAUUUCUUGACGUAAGACUGUACAUGGACCAUCACUGCCCUGCCAUUAAUAAAAACCAGAUGACCAGGAACGCAAACGGGAAAAUAGGAGGCUGUAGUGGCGAUCUAAAGUGCUUUUCUGGUAUGCUGAUUGACCUGUGAAUGAAAAGCUGCAAGGCAUAUGACAUCUUGGUUCCUGAAGUUUUAAAUGGAAUUAGUCUGCACCUGCAUGCCCCAUGUUAUUCCUAGUGAGCGAGGUUAGCAGGAGGCCACCAGACAACCCCUGCCAGUCUUUUCAAGUACUGUCAUCGACACACAUGCUACUGCCGCUGCCUGUCGACCAAUCACACGACUCACCAGCUCUGCACCUCCACCAAUCAGGCCUUUACUUUGAUAGUCAAGCCAGGGCAGAUUCUCCCCAGGGAUUGGAUAAUGCUUGAACACCCUGCCCCCCCCUUCUCCCCCCACCUGUGUCCAGCCUCUAAGCUAUGACCCUGUGGUGAAUAUAGUGUGUAUUGUGUGUAUGUGCGUGGAUGAUGGCCAGACUGUUAACUAUAUACUCACUAUUCAGGAUUGCUGGUUAUUAUCAUACUUGCCUUUUUAUUCCAAGGUUGUAUUUUGGUUGGGCUAUGUCAUGGAGACAGGAGGUGGGCUGGCAGUUUUCCCAGCAUUCCCAGCGCUCCGAAAGCAAAAACGCACCAGAGUUUUAUUUCCUUUCUUUUAAAGAGGAGAUCCAAACCGCACCUCCCUCCAUUUUAUAAUCACUGUGCUACAAUGCAAUCCUACAUAGAAGUGAAUGACGAUACCAGUAACAUUUGUUGUCAGAGUAUGUGAAGCUAUGGAAAGGACGUAGCCCUAACACUGUACUUAGGUCACAGAUCACUAUGUAUGGCGUGUUAUGCUUUUGCUCAUAACUCCAUGUAAAAUGAAGAAUGAUAUUGUCUUUUUUUUCCUUUAUCUGAUUGUGUGUACAUUGACAUUAUUGUGUAUUUUCUUUGGUUUGCCACAAAUGACCUUUUAUAUAAAAAUACCACAAUAUAUACAGUAUUAAAUUAAGCUGUUUUUUAAGAGAUCAAA